CUUCCCAUGAUAACAUGACUCUUGCAAAGGAUCUCAUUCAUCCCUCUCCAGAAGAGGAGAAGAAGAAACACAAGAAGAAGUGCCUGGUACGGAGCCCCAAUUCCUAUUUCAUGGAUGUGAAAUGCCCAGGUUGCUAUAAAAUCACCACCGUCUUUAGCCAUGCACAAACAGUAGUUUUGUGUCUUGGCUGCUCUAUUGUCCUCUGCCAGCCUACAGGAGGAAAAGCAAGGCUUACAGAAGGACGCUCCUUCAGAUGGAAGCAGCACUAAAAGCACCCAGA